CUUCCGGCCAAAGUAAUUAUCGAUAUUUUAACGGUAAAUAUCUUAUCUGACAACAGUCUUUAGUGGGAUUUUGGAUCAGGUACGCUCUUGAAUUUAUUUUGUAAUGAAUUCGCUUGUGGGAUACGGGGUCUCGUCUGAGUCAGAGGAUGAAGACAAUCGAAAGGAGUCCAUUAAAAAGACAGAUGAUGCUGCGUUGGAGAGGAAAAGAUGCAAUUUCCUGUUGGAGGCAGAAUCACCUUCCAGUGAGUCUGAAUCUGGUCCAGAGAAUGAGGAUGAAGAGGUUUCUGUCGUGGAUCACUACUCCUCUGGGUCCCUGCAGACUCCAACCAUCCGUCCUCAAACUCGCAAGCUUCCGCCUCCACCUCUGGGAGGCUCCAGCUCAGGUGUACUACUUAGAGGCAGCAGUGUGUUUGCAAACCCCUUCAAAGAUAUGGCUGAGGGGAGACUGAAUGUCCUGCAGAAACACGUACCACUUACUGUACAAGCUCGGCCCACCCAGAUUGAUGGUAAGCGCAUUUGUGUGGCCUACAGAAAGGAUGGUCGCUGCCGCUUUGGAAUCAGCUGCAAGAUUGCACAUGACAGCAAUCUACAGAGCAACCAUGUGGUCACUUCUGACAAUGGACCAAAAGACAAUGCCUCAGCCAGUGUUACAGUAGGUUCAUAUAACGGUCCACUGGCUUCUCAUGACAUAGACAAGGAGACAGAUGAAGGGAAGGACAGUGAACAACGAAAAAAGAAAAGGGUGGGAGUGAAUGAUUCUCUGAUUCCACCAAAACGUGCACUGAAGCAGUACGCCAGACUCUCACACCACUAAAAGAUGACAAUUCAGAAUCCCAGGACUUUCUGUCUGUAUGAAAUAAUUUGGGGAACAACAGACUUUUAUGUGAGAUACACUCAAGAUAAGUGUGUUAUGUUUAUUACAUUGAAAUAGUACUAGGAAGCAUUAUUAACUGCAUCAAGAACUUAACUUUGUGGAACACUUCUUACUGUGUAAGUGUGAAAAAUCUUCAAAAUGAAGUAACAAACAUUGCCAUUAUUUAAAGGU